AUGGUGCGCCGCUUCCGCGACGACCGGGGCCGCGUGCAGUACCGGGGCCCGCUGCUGAGCCUCCUCGAGGCGCCGAACCUCAAGGCCCUCGAGGCGCAGCUCAUCCGCGUGUUGACCAAGGCCGAGGCCAAGGGCACGACGCUCGAGCGGGCCUUCGCCUACUUCGACCAGGACCACGGCGGCACGAUCUCCGUCGUCGAGCUCGAGGACGCGCUCCGCGCGCUGGGCUGCUUCCGGGGCGCGAACUCGGGAGGCGUCGUGCUCCUGCUCAAGCGCUUCGACGAGAACGGCGACGGCGUCAUCAGCCUCGACGAGUUCCUCGCCUUCGUGCGCCAGCGGCAGCGCGAGUACAAGGAGCGUAAAGGGCUCCUGGAGCGGAAGCCCGUCGCGAACGAGGCCGCGCUCCUCGAGGCGCGCGUCAAGGCCAUCUUCCUCAAGGCCGAGGAGCUCGGCGUCUCCGUCGUCGACGCGUUCAACGAGUUCGACGCCGACGGCAACGGCCAGCUCACGGUCGGCGAGUUCGGCGACGCGCUGAGGUCGCUCGGCACGUUCAGCGACCUCAAGCCCCGGGAGGUCAAGGCCUUCUUCGACCACCGCGACCGGGACGGCAACGGCACGCUCGAGCUCGAGGAGCUCUUCGCGCUCAUGGGCCGCGACUACGCGGACCACCUCUUGAAGGACGCGUUCGCGGCCUUCGACCGCGACGGCAGCGGCAAGCUGAGCGCCCGGGAGCUGCACAAGGCGCUCAAGCACGUCGGCGGCGACGACCUCUUCCGCGACGUCACGCGCAAGGACGUCGAGGCCCUCGUGCGGCGCGAGUUCGACGACGACGGCGACGCGGAGGUCGACAUCGGCGAGUUCGUGGCCUUCGCGACGAAGCCGAUCGACGACGCGCCGCGGACGCCCGGCGGGCGCCGCGAGUCCGCGGAGCUCGUGCGCGAGAAGCUGCGGGCCAUCCUGCUGCGCACGGAGCAGAUGGGCACGUCCCUGAAGUCCGUCUUCCGCGCGCUCGACGACGACGGCAGCGGCGCGCUCUCCGUCAAGGAGCUGCUGCGGGGCCUCCGCAAGCUCGGCGUCUUCCAGGAGCUCGACGCCGACGACGUCGAGAAGCUCGUGCGCAGCGACUUGGACCGCGACGGCAACGACGCCGUCGAGCUCGACGAGUUCCUCGCCUUCUGCCGCGACGCGCCCGGGACCGGCGGGAACGUCGUCGACGACGAGGACGCGGACCUGGAGAUCGUGUCGCGGAACUACGAAUUCAGCCUCGACCCGGACACGCGCUGCGUCGAGAAGAAGCUGCGCCGGGCCGCGCGCGAGCUCGCGGGCCGCGGCGGCGACGUCCGCCUGCUGCUGGACCAGUACGACGUCGAGGGCGUCGGGUCCGUGAUCCGCAGCGACUUCGUGCAGGUGCUCAUGCAGCUGGGCCUGAGCCUCGUGGACGGCGGCGGCCCGCCGCGCGGCG